CGCAAUGUAUGACAGGCACAUCGUCGCCAUCUUUGGAAGUUUCUUCGGACAGCUGGAAUUGAAGGUGGAAAUUACUCCGUUUUUCAACUUCCAGCUUUAUUUAAAUAGUCCGAAACAGCUUUCUUUGGAUGGAUCCACGCAUAUCUUGGUAUCAGCCUGAACAACUGGGACCAGCUACCUCUCUUUGGACUGAAAUCUUUGAUAGUGCUACUCAACUUCAUAAUCUGCAAAUCAAUGAAAUGACCGCUGCUACGGCGGCCACCACCACAGGAACCGAUUCGAAUAAAACGGGCCCUGGUAGUCGCUGUCAGGACUUUAUUCCACUUCAAGCGAACAUCGAUUCAUCAAGUAAAAGAUCAGUCUCAAAUGGACAUAAUCUUGUAGAUAGUAGGAACAAUUAUAUAAGCAAACGUAAGCGAGAUAAUAUAGCCUGUACUUAUGACUGGAAUCAUUCAGAGAAUUUGGUAGGGGGCGGAACGCCAUGGAAAAACCAUGGAAAACUCUAUGCAGAGGGCGUUAUUGGACUUCACAAUGAGAUAUACGACUUCUUCCAUUUUAUGAGUCCAAAGAAGGAAGAGGUUUUGAUGCGAUCAGAGGUUGUAAACCGUGUUAGUGAAGUUGUACGCAGUAUAUGGCCAGAGGCUCAGCUUGAGAUUUAUGGAAGUUUCAAAACCAACCUAUUUCUACCCACAAGUGACAUUGAUCUUGUUGUUUUUGGUGACCUUGGUGAUAAUCCAUGUAAUCGCCUUGGAAACGAACUUGGGAAGAGCAAUGUUGGUGAAGAGAAUAGCAUAAAGGUUUUGGAUAAAGCAUCGGUACCUAUUGUGAAAAUGACUGACCGCUUGACCAAAGUAAAAGUGGACAUUAACUUCAACAGAAGAUCCGGCAUCCUUGGAGCAUCGUGGAUACAGGAAUCUUUGCAGAUCUUUCCCAGCCUUAAAUAUCUUGUGAUAGUUUUGAAGCAGUUUCUAUUGCAGCGCGACUUAAAUGAAGCAUGGACCGGUGGAAUCAGCUCUUACAGUCUCAUACUCAUGGUAGUCAGCUUUCUACAGCAACAUGCUCAGCCAGAACCCACCAACCUUGGUGUGUUACUGAUAGAGUUCUUUGAGUUGUAUGGCCUGCAUUUUAACUACUUAAAAACUGGCAUUCGAGUGACCAAUGGAGGGAGCUACUUCUCCAAAGAGGAAAUGCAACGUAAUUCUACCAAUGGACUUAUGCCUUCCUUGCUGUGUAUAGACGACCCUGUUAGCACUUCAGGUGAAGAUGCAGCUCGAAGUUGUUAUGGGAUAUUUGAAGUGCGCCGCGCCUUUGAUUAUGCAUACAAGGUUCUUACCAGAGCUGUCCUUCCUCAUUUGGACCAGGAAAAUAAAGGAAACAGCUACCUUGGAAGAAUUAUACGAGUUACCGAUGAACUAGUUGAAUAUCGCAGUUGGAUACACAAGAACUGGUGCCACAAGACAACUCCGUCAAUUGUUCAUGUGCCAAAUCAUGCAAGUUUUGCUGUAGGAACAACUUCGCGGCCUCACAGUUUUCACGCCGGAUACAGUCACAGCCAGAAUGAGAGAGAUAGGUCACCUCGAAUGUCAAAGACAAAUGAUAGGCUUAAUCUGGAAACAUCCCUGCGGAAUGAAACACAGAAGCCAGCAACUCACAGACAGACUCACCCAGUUAGCCCACCACAACCAAAGUUCAUUGACAAGGAUGUUAGUAGUGAUGUCGGAGAUUACUCAUCGUGUAAUAACUCAGUGACUGGUAAAUAUGCAGGCUUGCAUACCAAUAGCAAUAGGACUGAGCAGAGUCCAGGGGAGAGCAGUCAUGUGAAUAAAGCGGCACUUGCUGAUGGGGUGCCUAAUCAAAAGCUGCAACAAAAUUCUCCGGCUUUGAAAAACAAUAAUAAAGUACUGCAGUCUGCCGGUCAGGACUCUGAAUCAAGUUCCUCAUUAUCUCAAUCGUCCACUCCAGAGAUGAUGUCUAGCUCCAGUGACACGGAUUCUGAAGUAUCUUCUGUAACAUCUUCGUCCUCAAAAGAUUUACUUGACUCCCAACCAGGUCCAGCAAAACAGGAAAAGGAUAACUCACUAGCAAAGAGCAUAGCGCCCCCUGUAUCUGCCUCUGCAGCCCUCAGAAUUGGUGCUCCUAAUGCUCCCACGUUUGCUCAAGUAACUAUGUCACAACCAACUAAACCAUCUCCAACAUAUAAAGUAGUGGAAAACAAGAACACCGGUAGAGAUCGAAAGGGCUACAGAAGUACCUCUCCACCUGAAAAUCCAUCCAGCGAUGCACCACAUUGGGGUGGUAACACACCAGUUUACACUCAAGUCACAACCCGAGUAUACAAGAACCGAAAUCACCAGCAAAAUACAAAGUACCGUUCUUCAAACACCACCACCAGCGGUGGUGGUACUAAUAACUCCUUAAGCCAGCACGGAAGUAUGAAGAGGGCCAAGCGAAAAUCAAAGAAAGAAAACAGUUCGGGUGGAGCCAACAGGUGAUCAACGCUCCACUUUGUUUUAAAGUGAACAUUAAGCGGGAAGUGAUGCUGCAACUUCAUGAACAGACUGCUGUUCCUAUAGCUGAAAUCAUUUUUCCCAAGAUAAGAUCAAGAUAAGGUCAAACCUGCCACAAACAAAGACAAUCACCAGUUGUACAUACAUUCUAUUUUUAUAAUGGUGUGCAAUAUAUGCAGGCAAUUGCUAUGCAACACAAGCCAGCAAGAAAUGACGAGAUAAAGAAGCCCUGUUAGGGGCAUUGCUUGGCAUCUCCACAUCUCAAAGAUAACAAAAGCACUAUUUUGUCCAUAGAUUUGUCCCUUUCUACUUGCCAUAACAACUUUUUUUUUGUCUUAAAUUGUUCCUUUGUUAUUUGCAGGUACAACAUUACAAGUAAAUAAGUUGUAAAUGAAUGUAAUUAUGAUUUGAGUCAAACCUCCAAUAUUUCAGCAAUUUAUUAUCAUAUUAAUACCUUGAGAAAAGAAAUAGAUUUAGAAAGAAAGAUAGUAUACCAACUUGACUUGAAACUCAGUUGUUAUACCAACAAAGCAUUAUUCCUGCAUUAAAAACCUGAUGGGGACUGCAUUUUCUCAAAAGAAUUCUUUAUUUGGAGCUCAUUUCACAUGAGGAUGUUAAGAGUGAAAGUAUUUCCCCCAGUAGAAGAAACAUGCAAUUUGUCCGAUGAUCAUGUUGAAUUUCUAAAUUUUUGUUUUCGUUACUGGAAGCCAAGGCAGGAAUUGUUCCAAAAAUGACACUCAAAUCUGCUGUGCAGUCUGUUAAAGAAUAAUGUCAUCUCAUUCCUCACUCCUGUUUGCCAGUUGUCUUCCAAAAGUAGUUUUAACAAGAGAGAGUAAUCAGACAAUAUGUCCGACUUGGGUUCUGCAUGUACUGUCAAAUAAUGCAAAUCGUUUAUAUUUUUUUUGUAUUAUGCCUCUUCCCACCUAAUUUCUGUACACCUGUAUUAUAAUUAUUUUGUGUUGUUUUUAUUCACAAAGUGUAUCUUUCAUAAAGAAUGCAGCUUUUAUUAAAAUUAAAAUUCAUCUAUUUUUGAAGGAAGUUGGGAUAUUUUUGCAGAGAAGUUUAUAUUUAAAAGGAGGGGGUUGAUGUAUUGUUUAUUUAUGAGAGUGCUGUGGGUGGUUAAUGAUGAUGACGUUAGUGGCGAGUUGGUUCCAAAAUGAGGCCAGGGUUGAAUUUUAAUGAAUGAAUAGAAAUCAGUUUAUAUUUUACUGGCUGGAGAAUUUCUCUUACAGCAGAUACAUUUUGUUUGAAUUGUCUUGGCAUACAAAUUAUUUUUUGUUAGUGUUGUAUUUUUCACUGCUUCUUUGUUUCUAAAGUGAAAUGUUUUAUGUCCAUGACAGUUGCUUCAGUUUUAUUCUGGUUACAACCAACUUUUAAGUUUUGUCAAAAAAAUACUGAUUAUAUUUCUUUUUUCAUGUGUUUUUAAUCGUAACCAUUAUUAUCUAUUGAAUAUUAUUUUUUUAUUGGAAUUUAUUGAUACGAUUGGUAAGCACAGCAAUAAUGUAGUACUGUACUUCUAAAGAAAAUAAUAUUGUGUAAUAAUACAUCGCUAACAGUGUAUCGUUUUAAAAGUUCUUUUUCUUAUGUUUUAUUUAGGAAACUUGUGGUUAAGAUAUCCAUUUUUGUUGCAAUAAUACUUUUCUUUUUAUUGUGUGUUUCAGAUAAUAUUAGUAUCUGGACAUAUAAGUGAUUUGAAUGUUAAAUCCCCACUCCCCAUGGGCGUCGGCUGUGGGGAGCAGACACACCCUCUAUGGCAGCAAAUUAGUUCCACUAAUUGGGUUAAAAUUCUAAAAAUGACCAUUAAGUUUUUACUGGAAUGGAAUAGGGAUUUACUUCCGCAUUCUAGGAUUUACUUCAGCAUUCUCGUUUUUCUCAAGCCGAAACCAGCCUAUGCACCUGUCCCCUAUGAUACUAAGUGAACUCUUAAUUUGUAUAUCACUGUCAUUAUACUUUUUCACCCAUCACUAGUUAAACUAUAAAAAAGUAAAUAUUUUACCCAUUGAUUUCUAGUUAUUGUACAAGGCAAGUUUUGGUUUUUGUUUGGGGUUCAAUUCUCUUUGGUUGGAAUUUUAAAUAUUUUAUUAUUGGUGUUUCUUGUAAAUUGUAUAGUGUAUCUUUAUAAAUAAUAUCGCCCUAAAAAUGAAAUAAAGUGGUACUUUACCUUACUUAAGUGUACCCUUAUGCUUGUAUGACAAUUAGUAUAUGACUACAGCAAUUCAGUUGGUGUUAUGUACACAGUUUAGAGUGUACUAAUGUAAACUUGAAGCUUUGACCUAGCAUUGUACAUUGUGAAAUGUUAACAUGUAUAACCAGUAAUAUUUUUUCAUAAUAGAGAGCUUUCGAUCGCACGACGAUGUUAAGACGUAGAGAGUAAUGAUGUCGCUAAAAGUCAUCUGCACAUGCAAGAACGUUUAGGUCACCUCGUGGAGUAGAUCCUGUAACGCAUUUUGGCAAAAUAAGACGCCAGGUAGGACGGUCACGCAUGAUUGAUUCCAUCCUAGCGUCGUCGCACAAAUCAAAGGCUCCCUAUUAACUUUCUGUGACCAAUAGUAUACUUGUAUACUUUGGCCUUGAGUUACUGUCACUGUAAAAAACAGAAAACAACUAAAAGUGUAUAAGUUAAGAAUGCAGUCAGUUCAUUUUGCUUUGUCGUCUUUUACUUUUUAUAUAUUACAGGCAAAUUUUCAAUGGAGUAGCAAUGUACUUAACUUUUUAAAAGUCUGCCAUAAUCUUGUGAAAAUGAUUUAUUUUAAAUAUAUUUCUUGUUUUA